AUGGCAAAAUGUACAGACUGCAAGCAGAAGAUAAAACUACUAUUGUCAGACCUCGUUUCAAACUUGUCAAAGUUCAAAGGUGGUAUACUUUCAAAGACAGUUCCUAACAAAUAUAAGACAACUCCUGACGAAUAUGCUAAAGAAGUUGAAAAUGACGACUAA